GAGUCGAGGGUCCACCGAGGCCCAAUUGCACAAGCACACCACCAUGUUCACCUUCAGCGGAAACCUACUGGCGGGGCAGUAUGACACGCAGAAACAGAGGUCCCCUCCACCGAAACCGACACCUGUCACGUUUCCUGCUCUCCACCCGCCCGGGCCGUCACCACAAGCACCACCAGCUUCGUGGUCCCAGCCAGGCGCCAGGAUAAAGGACCAUUUUCUGCGACUGAAGAAGCCCUCCGAUGUCACUGAGGAAACCUUGGCCUUGCUAAACGUCACGUUUCAGCCAGAAAGCGACCUGGAAACAUUCCUUUCGUCCCUGUCAAACAAUGCAGAGUCGUUCUUGCCUCCCAGAUCCUGGUUUGACAGUCCUGGAGAACAACUGUCAAAUACUGCCACUCCCCCCAAACUUCUGAGCAAUGGUAGAAAAGCACCAGAGCAGCGUGACUUUUUUGUCCGUUCAAGAGAAUUGUUGUUCAAUAACGCCGAUGCCUACUCUACCCUCACACGCAAAGGGUGUGGAAGUCAACCACCACUUCGACUGGCUCAUUUCCGGAAAUUCUGGGAAGGACUUGAUAAUCUAGCCUACUAUUGGGACACAUCUUUGGACGAGUACCUGCCCCCACCUCAAGGAGCAAACAGUGAUGAACGAACAGCCUCUAACCCCCUGUCGGGGUCCACUGAUACCAAUCCCCAAGAGGCCUCGGCUGAAACCGACCCGGAGAGGGUAUCUGCACCAAAGUCAGAGCCCUGCAUGCUUGGCACAGAAGAGCCUCGAAAGAAGGCAAAGGUGGGAGACACUAGAGGUGAGAAGCAGUCGAUAUACGUCCAAAAUGACAAAGCUUCUGGAAGAGACCUGUCGAAUGAAUCGGCACAUCCAGAACGCAUACAUCGAAACAACGUUGAUACGCUUGGAACCCCAAGAGGCACUAACAAAAAGGCCGAGAACACGCUAGCCGACGUUCCUCGAGGCACCUAUAGAGGCUAUCGUAUAGGCAAUGGGGCUGGGAUGCCUGAUCAGUAUCGGAUUGAGUGCGUGCGUUCUUUCCUAGAGCCUAUUACAUGGGCUUUUGGUGUGACACUCUUUCCACAUCGCCGCCCGCCUGUGCUCACAAUCGAGCACAUUCGAUUUCCGGUCCGUAUGAGCUCUGUAGCUUGGCGCGGCCCUCAAGACAGAAUCAAGGCUAGGCAGGGUUGCCUGGAAGGUCCUGUACUAGGCAUGCAGUGUCGAGCCGAUGUUAACUUUGGAGCAACCGGAAAACUAGAAGCCCAGUCCACUCUAGAUGCUGUAAGAGAGUUAGGGGGCCUGCUGUUGCUUGCACAAGAGAGAGCUAGAGAAGGCAAAUGUGAGCAAAGAGCGGGUGAAGGCAAAUGGUGGACGACAAAAGAGCGCUGGGGCGGAGGCCCUGGGGGCGAAGUUGGUGAGGCUAUUGGAGUUGCUGAGAUCCUUGAAAAGGACGCAGUUUCCAAGCCAGAAGAAAAGCCUGUUGAGAGAAAUCGAGACGGGUCCAAAGCUCGUCGGAGGCCAACACCAGCUGAAGUCUGGAAGACACUGCGACCCGGAAAUCCGCUUUGGGACCCAAAGGUCACAUACGAGGCGAUUGGCAAAGAUAGGACCAUCGCGUGGGACGAUGUAUUCAUGGUAUCGUCAUUGAACCACCACAUCAGCUUGUUAAGGCUUCGCAUACAUCCAGCAUAUCUGGAGCUCAUCACUGAAGGCAGACACCCUGUUGAAACGCCACCGGAAUCUGACUGGUGCUCGCCAAAAUUACAGAGAACAAGAUGGUUCGACUUGUUCAACAUUGAAGAUCGCGCUGAAGCUAUGAGAGGGGUUUGGGGCAUCAUGUCCUAUCUCAUGCGCACAGACAGCGCUGGCCAUGGAAAUGCUGGUAUGAGUGAAUGA